GCUCCUGGAUGCAUUCAGUGAAUGACAGUGAGAAACCAGAGGCUCCACCUUAGAUCUACUGUUGGCUCCUGUUCCCCGUAGAGGCUGGUUAGACUCUGUUAUGCUCUUUUUCCAUGGACUGGAAAUGUCCAUUAUAUUUGCUGAGAGAUUUAGUAUUUCCCCCAGGUGUUCCAGAGGAGGGUGGACGGCUCCGUGAACUUCUACCGGCCCUGGGAUCACUACAAGACGGGCUUUGGUAACGCUGUCGGAGAAUACUGGCUCGGUCUGGAGACUCUCUCCCACCUGACUCUGAGGAAGAAGUACGAGCUGCUGGUGGACAUGGAGGACUUUGACGGCGGAAAAGUGUUCGCUCGGUACUCCUCGUUCUCCGUGGACCCCGAGGCCUCCGGGUUCACUUUGCAUGUGUCUGGAUUCACUGAUGGAGGGGCAGGAGACUCCAUGAGUAAUCAAAACGGACAGAAGUUCUCCACCUUCGACAAAGACCAGGACUCUUGGAAUUCUAACUGUGCCAGAACACACCUGGGGGGGUUCUGGUACAACGAUUGUGAAUACGCAAAUCCCAACGGGGUUUAUCGCUGGGGGGCUGAUGGCACUAUUUUUGCUAUAGGAGUGAGCUGGUACACUUGGAAGGGUCAGGACUACUCCCUGAAAUCCAUCAGCAUGAUGGUCCGUCCUGUGCAGUAGUUCUGCAGGACAGCAACAUGUCCUCAGCUGAUAUCGAUCACAUGUAAUCACUCAUCACUUUAAGAUGGAAACAGAUCCACUCAGUGGGAUAAUGUCUACGUUUUAAAGUCAAACUGAAUCACUAUUUGCUUCAUGCUGACAAUAAAUGAAAACAAUGAA